AUGGACCCCGGCGAGGCCGCCAUUUUGGAGUCUUCUCUAAGAAACUCCUACCGGCUUUUCGUGCCGCUGCCACCGCUCCCCGCGGCCUUGCCGGGCAGGAUGAAUGUGAUAGACCACGUGCGAGACAUGGCGGCCGCGGGGCUGCACUCCAACGUGCGGCUCCUCAGCAGCUUGUUACUCACAAUGAGUAAUAACAACCCUGAAUUAUUCUCCCCAUCUCAGAAGUACCAGCUUUUGGUGUAUCACGCAGAUUCUCUGUUUCAUGAUAAGGAAUAUCGGAAUGCUGUGAGUAAGUAUACCAUGGCUUUACAACAGAAGAAAGCCCUAAGUAAAACUUCAAAAGUGAGACCUUCAACUGGCAAUUCUGCAUCCACUCCACAAAAUCAGUGUCUUCCAUCUGAAAUUGAAGUGAAAUACAAAAUGGCUGAAUGUUACACCAUGCUAAAACAAGAUAAAGAUGCAAUUGCUAUACUUGAUGGAAUCCCUUCAAGACAAAGAACUCCCAAAAUAAACAUGAUGCUGGCAAACUUGUACAAGAAGGCUGGUCAGGAGCGCCCUUCAGUCACCAGCUAUAAGGAAGUGCUGAGGCAGUGCCCAUUAGCCCUUGAUGCCAUUCUAGGUUUGCUGUCCCUAUCUGUAAAAGGUGCAGAGGUGGCAUCAAUGACAAUGAACGUGAUCCAGACCGUGCCUAACUUGGACUGGCUCUCUGUGUGGAUCAAGGCAUAUGCUUUUGUGCAUACUGGUGACAACUCGAGAGCAAUCAAUACCAUCUGUUCUCUAGAGAAAAAGUCGUUACUGCGAGAUAAUGUGGACCUACUGGGAAGCUUAGCAGAUCUAUACUUCAGAGCUGGAGACAAUAAAAACUCUGUCCUCAAAUUUGAACAAGCACAAAUGUUGGAUCCUUACCUGAUAAAAGGAAUGGAUGUAUAUGGCUACCUCCUGGCACGAGAAGGGCGCCUGGAGGAUGUGGAGAAUCUUGGCUGCCGUCUUUUCAAUAUUUCUGAUCAGCAUGCAGAACCCUGGGUGGUCUCUGGGUGUCAUAGCUUCUAUAGCAAACGCUACUCUCGGGCCCUCUAUUUAGGAGCCAAGGCCAUUCAGCUAAACAGUAAUAGUGUUCAAGCUUUGCUACUUAAGGGAGCAGCACUCAGGAACAUGGGCAGAGUCCAAGAAGCAAUAAUCCACUUUCGGGAGGCCAUACGACUUGCACCUUGUCGCUUAGACUGUUAUGAAGGUCUCAUCGAAUGUUACUUAGCCUCCAACAGUAUUCGUGAAGCAAUGGUAAUGGCUAACAACGUUUACAAAACUCUAGGAGCAAAUGCACAGACCCUUACCCUUUUAGCUACUGUUUGUCUCGAAGACCCAGUGACACAGGAAAAAGCCAAAACAUUAUUAGAUAAAGCCCUGAACCAAAGGCCAGAUUACAUUAAGGCUGUGGUGAAAAAAGCAGAACUACUUAGCAGAGAGCAGAAAUACGAAGAUGGAAUUGCUUUGCUGAGGAACGCACUAGCUAAUCAGAGUGACUGUGUUCUGCAUCGGAUCCUAGGAGAUUUCCUUGUAGCUGUCAAUGAGUAUCAGGAAGCAAUGGACCAGUAUAGUAUAGCACUAAGUUUGGACCCCAAUGACCAGAAGUCUCUAGAGGGGAUGCAGAAGAUGGAGAAGGAGGAGAGUCCCACGGAUGCCACUCAGGAGGAGGAUGUGGACGACAUGGAAGGGAGUGGGGAAGAAGGGGACCUGGAGGGCAGCGACAGUGAGGCGGCCCAGUGGGCUGACCAGGAGCAGUGGUUCGGCAUGCAGUGAGGCAGGCGGCAGCUCCAUGGCCACACUGGCCUGCCCUGCUCUGAGCACUUCCGUGGACUGAAAGAACCCAUAGGAGCCCGCUCUGGGAGGACAAUGAUUCAGCAUGUGAUUGCAGCAGGGGUUUCUGCCCCUGGCUCCAUAUUUCUAGUAGUGACUUUAUUUUAUAAAACUGAGCCUGACCAACCUUCCAUAUAUCUCCAUCCUCCCCUGCUCCAGCCAGGGAGGACCGAGUGAGCCCUCUGGGAGGCCCACAGAUGUGCUGGGACUUCUGGGACAGAGUACUUUUUAUAUAACUAAUUUCUAAAUCUGAAAGCUCAAGGAAUAGACAGUGUUUGUCUGUGAUGUUGUGGAUGGGUUUAAAAGGAGGGACCUGUCACCCAGAGCAAGUGUCAACUCCCGAGGUGGACAGCAGCACAGAUUGGCCCUUUCAGAGAGGGUUUGUUGUCCCAGAAAUCAUCGUCCUGGGCUGUCUAAACUUCCCUAGUAACCUUGCUUCCUUCUGCAAUGUUAGUAAUGCCUUAAGCUGACAGUUGCUAAUUUGCAGAACAAUUUUCCUAUUUGCUAAAUCUGGUUACUUGCUGUGAGCCUGGGCUGGAUCUGAGAAACAGGUGUGACCUAGAGCAUGAACAGAGGUACAUCUGGGGUAAUUAACUAAUAAAACUGUUUUUUGUACAGUAA